CGGUAAAAUACACUGGGCUUCUUCUUUUGAUUCCCUGUUUCUGGCUCCCGGCACUUUGUUUCCUCAGUUUCCAUUGCUUCUUCCCCCCCUUGAAUGUACACUUGCAUUCCGCUUAAUGACCUUGGUUCCGUUCUUUGAAGUGCUGCGCCGUCCCCGCCAUGCAACGGCCACCAUGUGCCAGCUGUCAAGUAUCAGGGUCCAGACACAAUCAACCAAUCGCAGAGUUUGGAUAACACAAGCCCGGGCGCAACCACCCCCACCGAUCUCGGGACGGGAGCUCUCCCGACGAUACCCAUCCAUCUUUUUUCCAACCGGACGUCGUCGACGCCCUUUUGCGUCUUCGACACCCCGCGAGACCUCACCGCCGGCCACCAAGCAAGCACUCGAGAGGGGCAGAACAAAAGGAGGUCGUACCGUUCAGCGUCGGCACCGCUCCCGUGCACUCCAUUUCCCCCCUUCCUCUCCUUCCUUCACUUGCGACUCUUGUUUUAUUUCACCCUCGACAGUGUCGGCGGCCCGCGCAACGAUCCUCAUUUCCGAACCCUCAAAACCCUCCCGAGAUACUCCCCCACGAUGUCGGCCUCCCUCCCCGGUGGCCGCGAGCUGCCCGCCUCCCAACAUGACCUCAGCACAUACUGGGGUCGCGUACGACACAACAUGGGCCUAACGGAUCCGAGCACCCUCCUCGUCGGCGGCACCGGACUCGAGCAAGCGAAGUCCCUUCUCACCGACUACAAGCAAGGAAAGAUCCCGUUCAUGACCCCCGACCUCUGGAAGGCCAAGAAGGUCGUCGACUCGACCCUCCACCCAGAUACUGGCGAACCUGUCCUCCUUCCCUUCCGCAUGUCCGCCUAUGUGCUGACCAACCUGGUCGUCACGGCCGGCAUGCUCCAGCCGGGCCUUGGAACAGCGGGUACGAUUGCGUGGCAGAUCAUCAACCAGUCCCUCAACGUUGCCAUCAACUCGGCGAACGCGAAUAAGUCUUCCCCCCUCUCCUGGCGCAAGCUAGGCGAGUCGUACGCCAUGGCGGUUUCCGUCUCGUGCGGUGUCGCCGUCGGCCUGAACAAACUUGUGCCGCGCCUGCGCAACCUCACCCCGGCCACCCGCACGACCCUCACCCGCCUCGUGCCCUUUGCCGCCGUCGCCUCGGCCGGUUUCCUCAACGUCCUCCUGAUGCGCGGCGAAGAGAUGCGCACCGGCAUCGACGUCUUCCCCGUUCUCUCCGACGCCGAGCGCGCGCGCAAGGAAAAGGAGGAGGGCGCCGGCGCCGGCCAGACCCAGUCCCUCGGCCGUAGCAAAAAGGCGGCUCAGAUCGCUGUCGGCGAAACCGCCGCCAGCCGCGUCUUCAACUCAACGCCCAUCAUGGUCAUUCCGCCCUUGGUUCUCGUCCGUCUGCAACAGCAACAGUGGCUGAAGCAGCGCCCACGCCUGACUGUGCCCGUCAACCUCGGUCUCAUCCUGGUGACGAGCUACGCAGUCCUCCCGCUGGCUCUGGCCGUCUUCCCCCAGCGGCAGACCAUCAGCGCCGACAAGUUGGAGCCCGAAUUCCACGGCCGCGGUGGGGCUGACGGCCUCGUCGUGUUCAACAGGGGCUUAUAGACUACUGCCAUGCAACUGGAAUUGGCCAAUCGUGAAAAUCGGCAUCAAGCGGAUGCAGCGGGUGCCGCAGAGAAGAUGAAAGGAAUCCGGCGCUCCGGUGCGACUAGCGUAUCUUGGACAAUAGCAAGUCUUGCCGGAGUGUCUCUGAUGUGCUCCCCACCGGCAUGAGAUGUCGCAACUGCAUCCGUCAGAGGGGCCUUCCGUGCCCGGCGAGCGUGAUAUGGGUUUGGAAAUUCGGUAUCAGAUCGGACGUUGAAAGUGUUUCAUGCCUCCAUGUUGCCCUUGGCACGGGAGCUCCGCCGAUACCGUCCGACCUUUGAGCCGUGAAUGAAUUUGGCAGAAACUGAUUUGGCUUGCUGGCUGUCUGGGUGCGUGAUCCUCAGGGAGUUCGUUUGUCUUGCUAUCUGCGGAUCCUUAAGACACAUAUGCAUUUGACGCAUACAGUUGGCCCAGAGACCCACGCGACAUCUUUAGAUAGCAAAUAUCCUUUGCCAGUGAAGGCCAACAACAGCUGUCAAAUCCUGGGGGCGUAGUGCUUUCCAGGCGGACUUGUACGUAUCGCCAGCCUUUUGUUGUGAUUUAUUCGGGGUUUGUGAGUCGGGGUGGAUUCAGGUACGGCUGGGGUCGACGUGCAACUGGCGAAGGUAAAGCGUUGCGGACAGCGCUAGGCAGUCCAUGCUAUGCAACACAGUGACGGGUAGGCAGAGCAUUACCGAGUCUCUAACUGGGGGAGGUGGGCUCCUUCGAGCCAUGGUGAUGCCGAUGAAGGUACGGGCCUCCCCCACGGUUGCUGACUUUUAGUUUGUCCGGGUACGUGGAAGAGGAUGGCAUCCCCAACGAAUUCGGGGCACCACUAUCGCGGCGACUGGGUCUGGAAAUGGUGUGAGAUGAUAUCAUCCAGCGGGCGGUUGAACCGACUGCCUUGGGGCGGUAUACCAAAAUUGGCAAGGAGUCGCCACCGGAGGACGGAGAGACGGCAGCGGCGGACCACCGUCGCUGCCAACGGCGAAAACAUCUCAUGCAUGAGGCACCUCUCUGCCUACUUCCACCUAGAUAACUUCCCCAAGGACGGUCCGUUCGACUUCGGCACCCAACACAGAGACUGUUAGAGACCAAUAUCGCUAGGUGCAGUGCUGUGAAUGAAGUAAGCCUGUCGACGCACUCGACAGCGAGUUCAGUUGUUAGCUCAUGGGCAUUGUCUCCUACUCAUGGCAUCCACCUGUAAAGUCUCUGUGUCCUUUGGCAGUUUCUUGGUAAUUUACCUCCUGACCUCUGGACGACUCAGUCUUGCCUGUAUUGUUGAGCCAAUACAUACCAGCUCCUGGAGACUAGGCAAUAUGGACGACAGGAAGACAGGGCUCCCUCUCAGCCCACGAUGGCCCAUCUGUCGGUUGCGACGGCUGAAGUACAGCCUAUGCAAUCGCAACCCCCCCUUUCCCCCCUCCAGACGCUUGGGAAGUGCCAGUGGGUGGUCGGCGACAUGACAGCCGGUUACGUGCAUGCUACAGGAGACGACAGGCGAGUCUGCGACAAAAGCACGGAUCAAAAGCUUUGGGAAACGGAAAAGCAAGCUGAAAGACCCCCCCGACGAGUUUUCGCUCGAGGAACUGAAACCUCGCAGCCGUCAAUUUGAGUGGUGGAUGGCAUCAGCAUGCUCAGCCCUGGAUGAAAAGGCACCGGGCGAGAACAGCGAGAGGCAUGUUGCGAGACACCCUCAGCUUGGGUUUGCCGUAGGCAGAGCGGGGAGCCUCCGCUGGAGGCUAACCUGUGCGAACCACGGAGGGGUUUGACUGCUGUCUAUCUAGCGGCGCCAAUAUUAAUUGACAAUGGCGGCCAAGCAACAAAUCUCGCCCGUUGAUUAUUGUUUAUGAGGGGGUGAUAUAGGUGGUUGUUCU